GUCCCAAGCUCAAGGAUAAAAACCAUCAGGCCUAAGCGCCAUCCAUAUUCCAUCUCCAGUCUUUCCUCCACAAAUUGGGAUUCAUCCUACCUGAAAAGCACCAUCUAAGAGCAAGGGAACAACAAAAAAAUCAUGCUAUCACAUAAUACCAUGGUGAAGCAGAGGAAACAGCAAGCAUCAGCCAUCAUGAAGGAAAUCCAUGGAAACGAUGUAGAUGGCAUGGACCUGGGCAAAAAAGUCAGCAUUCCCAGGGACAUCAUGUUGGAAGAAUUAUCCCACCUCAGUAACCGUGGUGCCAGACUAUUUAAGAUGCGACAAAGAAGAUCUGACAAAUACACAUUUGAAAAUUUCCAGUAUGAAUCUAAAGCUCAAAUAAACCACAAUAUUGCCAUGCAGAAUGGGAAACUGGAUGGGAACAACUUGGAAAGUGGUUCACAACAAGCCCCAUUUACUCCUCCCAACACCCCGGAUCCACGAAGUCCCCCAAAUCCAGAAAACAUUGCACCAGGAUAUUCUGGACCACUGAAGGAAAUUCCUCCUGAAAGAUUCAACACCACAGCUGUCCCUAAGUACUACCAGUCACCCUGGGAACAGGCCAUUAGCAAUGAUCCGGAACUUUUAGAGGCUUUAUACCCUAAACUUUUCAAGCCUGAAGGAAAGGCAGAACUGCCUGAUUACAGGAGCUUUAACAGAGUUGCUACCCCAUUUGGAGGUUUUGAAAAAGCAUCAAAAAUAGUUAAAUUCAAGGUUCCAGAUUUUGAGCUACUACUUCUCACAGAUCCCAGGUUCAUGGCCUUUGCCAAUCCUCUUUCUGGCAGACGGUCCUUCAAUAGGACUCCUAAGGGAUGGAUAUCUGAGAAUAUUCCUAUAGUGAUAACAACUGAACCCACAGAGGAUACUACCAUACCAGAAUCAGAUGACCUAUGAAAAGAAAGUUAUAUGUGCCAUAAAAACCUCUGAAUAUAAAUGCUGCUGUUUUAUUAUUCUACUUACAGGCCAAGCCAUGUACACACUUCAUUAGCAGCAAUAAUUUAGUGGCAAUUUAACAAUUUUCCUUUUAUGGCAUUUAAUUUCAAUCUCAGAUCAAAUACUAAUAAACGAUUCAAAAUCUUAUUUAAAAAAUUUUUAACUCAUUUGUCUUUAUUCAUAAUCUUGUGUUCACAAUCCAGCUUUUUCACUGAGAAAGUCUAGAAAAGUAACUGACAUCAAAAGUUUCAUCUUUGUUGCCUUUGAUAUGAGCCACUCCUGAGUAAGUUUUUCAAAUGGAUCUAGAAUCAAAAUAUACAGUGCAAGCUAUUUAGAUUAAUUCAGAGUUUUAUUUCAGGGAUGAAAGCUAUUGGAGUUGAUAUACAAACAUAACUGAUGGAAAAAAGCUUGGGUUCUUCUUUUCUGUUAAGUUUCCAUGAUAAAAUAACUUUGUCUGAAUUAAGUCUUUUCCUUCAGAAUUUCUAAGGUGCUUUGUAUUUUUCAGUGUGCUUUGAACCAUUAGGUAAUUAAUACAGAUGACAUUCUAC